AUGAUGCAGGACCUGGACGAGUUCGAAGUGGGCGGCCCAUUGACCUGGGCCGAUCCUCUGGAUGACAGUGAGGUCACCGUCUUCAACGUGUAUUUGGCCGAGAGUCGAGAUGGUGGGAGCUCUCAGAUGCAGAUUUUCCUGGGAUAUGCUGGCGUGAACCGCUCCUAUUUGGGAAACGUCUCAGUGGGCAGCAAUCGCUUUGACGUCCCGGCCGAUACGGCGCUGGAAAGCUUCACUCACCUGGUGAUCUUCGCGGAGUCCAGCCUGGUGGAACAGACCACCCCCGCCGCGGUGCGUAGCUGGACGCGGAUGGGGUGUAUCAUCGAGACGGUCGCCAGCGUUUCUGCCUUGACGUUUGUGGAUUUGGAUCUGGAUCCGGUGGAGUUGGGAGGCUAUGUCACGUGGUCACCAGCUAGCUCGCCCCUGGUGGAGUCCUACAACGUCUAUUUGGCCAGUGAUGCCGUUGGUGGCAGCAGAACACUGGCAGCAGGCGGCUCGAUUCCGGUGGGAAGAAAUCAUGCAAUGCUGCCAGCAGAUGCUUGGCGGGUCAAACCGCUGGAUUUGGAGGAAAUUGAACACAUGGUCGAUACGGCGACGAUUAUUGAGCUGGUGCGGAUUGCCCAAAUCAGUGACGAGUUCGAUACCUUUUGUUUGGUCUACACCGUCUCGCAGCUGGCGGAGCAGACCACUCCUCUGGCCACGCUGUUGAGUGAUUCCUUCGGAUUGGUGGAGAACAUGUCCUUCAUGGAUCUGGACUUGGAUGAAGCGGAUCUGGGUGGAAACCUCACCUGGGAAGCACCUUCUGCCAUCGCGAACCUGGUGACUGGCUACAGCGUGUGGUUCGCCCAAGUGCCAUGUCAGGGCUGCUGGAGUUUGUCCGUGGAGAACACCUCCGACACAGUGGUGGAGGUGGCACCUGAGACGCCCUUGCUGAACUGGACACACUUCUUGGUUUAUGCUCGUUCCAGCUUCGUAGAGCAGAGCACUCCGGCGCUGCAUGGCAUCGUGGACGGCAUCGCCAGUGUGUCGCAGAUCAGCUUCGUGGACAAAGACUUGGAAGCGCAGGAGAUCGGCGGCCUGUUGCAAUGGACGGCCCCCAACGGAGAUCUGGACCGGGUGGUGAGCUAUGACAUCUAUUUGAGUAGAUCUGCCACCGGAGAACAGCGUUCCAGCGUGGCAGAUGUGGAGGUUCCAGCCACCAGCAGGCUGAUUCCACCGGAGACAGCGACACAUGGUGAUGGCUUUCUCACCAUCUACACGCGCUCGAUUCUGGUGGAGCAAACGACACCCGUUGCCUUCGAAAUCUCUGACGCCAUUUCGGUCAUUGGCAACAUCAGCUUUGACGACUUCGAUUUGGACCAGCAGGACCUGGGCGGAAAUCUCUCCUGGAUCGAACCCAGCGAUCUGUCGCAGGUGGAACAUUACAACAUCUACUUCGCGACCAGGUGUGACUCAUCAGAUGGCGAUGUGUCGGACGUCUCGGAUGCGUCUCUUCGCACUGAUGUGCCAUACUGUGACCGCAGUUUCUUCGGCACAACGCCUCUAGGCGUCAGUGAUAGCAUCAUUCCACCCGAGACGCCCUUGGGUCACUUGGAUGCAACCGAUGGAGAGUGGAGUUGGGUUUCCAGGUCGUUGGCCCCAGAUCUUGCUGGUUGUUGGCCCCUGUUUCUGGGCCGAGACAACUUCACUCACCUGCUGAUCUAUGCGAACAGUUCCUUAGCCGAGCAGACCAUCCCCACGGUUCAUGAGAUCUUUGACAUGAGCGCCAGCGUCUCAUUGAUUGUUUUCGUUGACAAAGAUCUGGAUGAGUUGCAGUUGGGUGGUCAGAUCACAUGGCAAGCCCCAGCAGAUCAGAGUCGACUGCAGGACUACGUGGUGAGUCUCUCCCCGGAUCCCUUGGGCACGACACUUCGCUACAACCUUGGCGUGACGCCAAACGAAGUGUUGGACCUGGCGGCAGAAACCUCUUUGGUGGACUACAUCCUGGACUCCCGUGGCUCUGGAGCUGGUGGACUCGAUCGCUUCGGUGACAUGACGACGUUUCGCCACGUUGGUGAGCUGGAGAACUGGGUCUCCAAUGUCACCUUCGAUGACUUCGACUUGGACGAGUCGGACCUGGGGGGUGAUCUGCUGUGGUCUCCGGCGAGGACCGUUGGAAGUCAAGAAGUGGCAAAGUACGUGGUCUAUUUGGCGACGAUGCCAGGGGAUCCUAAUUGUGAGAAUGUGGUGGCAGAGUGGUGUCUGCGUUCCUACUUCGCAGAGGCCGUCUCUGAGAAUGUCACCGUUCCUCCCGAGACCAGCUUGGAGAAUUUCACCCAUUGGUUGAUCUUCACCCAUUCCAGCCUGGUGGAACAAAGCACGCCGACGCCGCAUCGAAUCUUCGACGCCGCCUCCAGCGUCUCAGGAAUCCAAUUCACAGACAAAGACCUGGACAUCCUGGAGCUUGGUGGCACAGUGUCAUGGACGGAGCCUGCCUAUGCUGAACGCGUAUCAAAGUACAACCUAUACCUCUCAGUGGAUCCAGCAGGCCUCGGGCGCCAGCAGCUGUCCACGGCUCUGGUGCCGACGCUGACCUUGGACGUGGGGCCGGAGCUGCCCAGCGCGGGCUUCGAGUUCAUGACGGUCUACACUGAGUCGAAGCUUGUGGAGCAAACCACACCUGUGGCCCUGCAAUUUCAGGAUCGCGAAUCUGUGGCGACGAAUCUCAGCUUCCCGGACUUCGACCUGGACUACGACGAUGUGGGCGGCACGCUACAGUGGGAUGCACCGCAAGAGACCUCCCAGGUCACCCACUAUGUGAUCUACAUGGUGGCGGUCCCUUCAGCCCCUGAAGACUUGAACUUGGUCAGCGAUUGCGAGGCCAUGAUCACCGAAGAAUCAGAGGUCUUCUAUAACUGGUCCCUACCGGGCUUCUCUGUGGUGGGCGCCUACACCCAAAACAUCUCGACGAUCUGUAACAGGUCUUUCUACACCAUGGUUCCAGUGGGAACUGAGAUGAUCGACGUACCACAGAACCUCACUUUGUCGCCCUACACCCACUGGGCAGUCUAUACCAAGUCCUCUCUGGUGGAACAAUCGACACCAGCGUCCCUGCUGAUCUAUGACUACGUGGCGAAUGUGUCGAACAUCACAUUCCAAGGCGCGCCUUCCGCGCGGAGCAAAGGGACUGAAGGGACCGAAGGUCUGGACUUAGACUUGGCGCAUUUGGGGGGUCACCUGCAGUGGCUAGAGCCUGCGUUGCCGCAGCGCGUCUACAGCUACGUGGUCUACCUGGCCGAGUCCGCCAUGGGGGACCAGCGGUCGCAAGUGGGGAACGAGGUGAUUGUUGGACGGCAUCAGUUGCUGGUUCCGGCAGAGACAAGAAGAGAGUCCUACACCCACUUUGUGGUUUACUCCAAGUCCACCCUGGCUGAACAGACGACCCCUUCGUCGCUGUCCUUUCUGGACGAAGUCUCGCUGGCGGGCAACGUGUCCUUCGUGGACGACGACUUGGACCGCUACGAGAUUGGUGGUGAUUUGGUGUGGCUUCAGCCCGAAGACGAUAGCGAAGUGACGGACUACCUGGUUUACUUAGCCCAGGAUCGCUACGGCCGCAAUCGCAGCUUCCUGGGCAACGUCUCGCAGGGUGUGCACCUCUUCAAAGUGCCUGCGGAUACGCAGCUCCUGGCCUUCAGCCACUUGUGCGUUUUUGCCAGGUCAGUCUUGGUGGAGUCCACUACUCCAAGCUCAGUCCUGGUGGUGGAUUUCAGCUCCAGCAUCAGCUCCUUACACUUCACGGAUUUGGACCUGGACCCGCUGGAGCUCGGGGGCGUCAUCGCAUGGAACGAACCGGGGAACAUCGAACGUGUCAUCAGUUACAAUGUCUACCUGGCAUCCGAUGCCUAUGGCGCUGGACGUGAGCAGGUGGGCGAAGUGCUGCAGGGAAGCCAAUGCGCGCAGCCACUGCGCGCAGAGACGGCGAUGGAAGAGUUCACACACCUGGCAGUCUACAGUCGCUCCAGUUUGGCAGAGCAAAGCACACCUGUCGCGUUGAGCAUCGUUGACAACAUCGCACAAGUCUCGGACAUCGUUUUCCCGGACUUCGAUCUGGACGAAACGGACCUUGGUGGUGUGUUGGAGUGGCGAGAGCCGGCAGACGUGGCGCAGGUCACGCACUAUGACGUCUACAUGAUUGAAGUGUUCGAGCCAGGCAACUGCACCUUCCGCAAUGGUAGCUCCAUGGAUGGCAGUUGCGAUCGCUUGGCGAUGGGCAGUUCCAUGGUGGGUGUGGCCAACUUGACCAUCCCAGUGGACACGGCCCUGCAGAACUACUCCCACUUCGCAGUCUUCACCCGCUCCAGCCUGGUGGAACAGACCACUCCCAGCAUGCAUUUGAUCUAUGAUAUGGUGACCAGUGUUUCGGACAUCAGGUUCACGGACCAGGACUUGGACGAUGAGGAGCUCGGAGGACGAAUUCACUGGGCACAUCCCCCCUUGAUGCAACGGGUCUACACCUAUCGUUUGUACCUAACCCAGUGGGACGGCGGAGCUCGGUCGCUGAUCAGCGAACUGCCCAAGGGCGUCAACUUGGAGGAUCUGCCGCCGGAGACGCCGACCAUGCCGUUGUUGGCCAUCUACACCACCUCCACCUUGACGGAGCAAAGCACCCCAGUGACAUUGACCGUGGAGGACAAGUUCGCGCCAGUCUCCAACGUCUCCUUCCCCGACUUCGACCUGGACGAGACCGACCUGGGCGGUAUCCUGACCUGGUCGCCACCGCAGGAUGAGAGCCAGGUGGAACGCUAUAUGAUCUACAUGGCCAUGUUCACGCAGAAUGCUUCCGAAUGUCCUAUGUCCUCUGAUGGUGCCAGCUAUGUGGCCGUGAUUACAGGCUCCAUGGUGAUCGCGCUCAGUGGCGCCACCGCCUCGCAGGUGGCCGACGCCGUGCAGGCUUCCCUGAGCCAACUGCUGGGCGUCCCUUUCAGCUGGAUCUCCGUGUCCGCCAGCGCGGCGCGACGUCUGAGUGCCAUGGGCAGCGCGGUGGGUCGUUUGAAACGAACGGCUUCCGCCAUGGUGGGGAGCCAACAAGAUACGUUGACGAUGGGAUGGGUGCAGCCGUUGGAUGCGAAUGCACCGGUGAUGGCGGAGUGCAAGAAGUUGAGAAAGAAAUUGCCUGGGAAAAUUGUGGAUAUGAUCCAGGAAAUGGCCAUGGACCCUCGCUUCAUCGAGGAGAAGACCCAGGAGCCGGGAUUCAUCGAGGAAGACAAGGGCAAUGGCACCUUUGUCCUUACCGAGUCGAGGGAUUACAAGGAGAUUCCACACCCUUCGCUUCCGGGUGAAGCCAAGGCGGGAGGCAACUGCUAUCCCGUGGUGGCGCGCUACCGCAACGGCCUCCGGCGGACUGUGAACUUGGCCUGGGGCACGGACAUCUUCGUGUGUUCCACCGGGCAAUCCUUUGAGGAUCUUGACACGGCCAUGCGGUAUCAGAACGACUACGUGAAGGGCGUAACCAAGGAGGUCUUGGAAGAGAGAUAUCCUGCGCAGUAUCAAAUUGUGGUUCCUGUGGGAAGCGAGGCCGCUGUGGUGACCUCCGCGAGCACCUUGGGCUCCAGCCUGGGGAACAGCCUGGCGGCGGAGCUGGUGCUGCAAGGCGUCAGUGGUGCGGAUGUGGCGUCUCUUUCGGUGCUCAGCGUGUCUUCGGUCUCAGUCUCCUUCGUGUUGCCGGAGACCGUGUCACCUCUGAUCUCCGCCAAUGAAACGGAAAAUGCCACCAUCCUGACAACAACCUUAGAGGCUGUGGUGUCCACACGUACCAGCACUCGGACGAUGACCACGACGACGCGACUUCGAAACAACAGUGACGACAGUGAUGCGGAGGAAGAGGAGCCUACCAUGACUUCCACCAGAUCGACUCAGACGACUCAGACCACCAGCAGAAUGUCUAAUGGCUCGGAUGAUAGCGAUGAACAGGAGUCCACCGUAAGUACCACCUGGACCAUGACCCAUGAAGAGGAGAGGACAUCAACCACCACCCGAAGCACUACCUCCAUGGAUGACGCGGACUUGUCAGAUUGGAACGCCUCUGAAGAAGAAGAGCUGUACAACCUCAGUGUGCCUUUCGAGGGUUGGGGUCGACGUCUCUCAACUUUGUCACCCAACGAGUCGGCCUGGAUUAUGUGCUACAGAACCUACUUCGGCAACGUGUCCAAUGGUACCUUUCAACUGGACUUCCCGGCAGACACAGCAUUGGACAGGUAUACGCACCUCUUGAUCUACACGGCCUCACCACUGGUGGAGCAAACCACACCGGUGGCGCACUUGAUCUAUGACAUGGCUGCCAGUGUCAGCAACAUCACCUACCAGGGCAAGGACCUGGACCUGUAUGAGUUGGGUGGACAGAUCGCGUGGGCGGAACCGAGCUUGAUGGAGCGAGUGGUAGGCUACAACGUCUAUUUGUCCAUCGGCCUUGAUGGCUCUGGCCGAUCGCAGGUGGGUGCUGAAGUGCCGGCAGGGAGCAACGACAUCGCCUUGUUCCCUGAGCAGCCGCGUGGUGCCUUUGACUUCUUCACGGUGUUCACCAGGCGCAUUGGACGUUUGUGGGGGUCCAACCUGGCGGAACAGACGACGCCUGCGUACCUGUCGAUUGAGGAUGAAAGUUCCUACGCCCGCAACAUCAGUUUCAUUGACGAUGACUUGGAUGACGGGGAGAUAGGCGGCUACUUGCUUUGGCGCAUCCCAGAGGAUGACAGUGAGGUCACCCACUACUUGGUCUACCUCUCCGACGACGAAGUUGGUCGCAAUCGCAGCCUGCUGGGCAACGUCACGGUGAAGACUCAUGAAUUCCUGGUUCCUGCGGACACAGAUUUAUCCUCAUACAGGUUCCUGACGGUCUUUGCAAGAUCCUCCCUGGCGGAGCAAACCACGCCCCGUUGGGUCGAAGUGGUGGACACCGUGUCCAGCGUUUCGAACAUUGCCUUCAUUGACAAAGACUUGGACUGGGAGGAACUGGGCGGCAGAGUCUCCUGGUCCCAUCCGCCCAGCCGCAGCCGGGUGGAGUUCUAUGAGCUGUAUUUGGCCAGCGACGCCUCUGGCGCCAACCGGCUGCCAUGGCAUUUGGGCAGCAUCCCCUUCAACGUCUCGGAGGUCUUAUGGCCACCGGAGACUCCCAAGGAGUCCUUCACCCACUUCGUGGUCUACACUCGCUCCUGGUUGGCGGAGCAGACCACGCCAGUGGCCUUUGCCUUUGAAGAUAAGGUGUCGCUGGUGACGGACAUCGAUUUCCCAGACUUCGAUUUGGACCUUGAGGACUUGGGAGGAACCUUGACCUGGCUGCCACCCAACGACACGACGCAAGUGACGCACUACAUGAUCUACUUGGCACAGGCCGAUACAUCACAGGGAUGCUCCAACACGAGCUAUUUGGAGAAGCAGAAUGAGAGCAACGUGUCAGUGGAAUUCUCAGACUGGUGUUUGCUGUCACACUUGGGCAACACCUCAGUGGGUGCCCACAGUCUCUUCAUUCCACCAGACACCAGUGUACCGCCCUUUAGCCACCUGGCAAUCUACACCUUGAGUUCCCUGGUGGAGCAAACAACCCCCAUGGCCCUGCGCUUCUUCGAUGAAGUUGCCAGCGUGUCGGAGAUCAGGUUCACAGAUGAAGACCUGGACCCCAUCGACCUGGGUGGUUGGAUCCACUGGACGCCGCCCUUGGCGCUGCGGCGCGUGGCGUGGUACGUGGUGGACCUGGCAGUGGAUGCGGCGGGGCCCUUGGAAGCGCAGCAACGGUCGCAGAUAGAAUCCAGCGUCGCGGUGGGCACCAACCAACUGCUGGCGCCGCCGGAUACGGAGCCGUUGCACUUCACGCGCUUCGUGGUCUAUACGCAGUCCAGCCUGGUGGAGCAGACUACUCCGGUGGGUUUGAACUUUGUGGACAAAUUUUCACCGGUGCGGAACGUCUCCUUCUGGGACUACGAUCUCGACGAGACGGACCUCUUCGGCGACCUGCUGUGGGAAGCGCCGGAAGACGACGACGUGGUGCGACUUGGCGGCAGCUGCGUUGGCAGGCCUCAGUAUCACAUCUACAUGGCCGAGAACAGUACGGGCAAAGAGCGAUCCCUCCUGGGCAUCGUGCCCAAGGGGGUGCACAAUUUCAGCAUUGCAGCAGAGACGCCCUUGGUGAAUUACACCCACUUCCUGAUCUACACGGCUUCGGCGCUGGCUGAGCAAACCACCCCUGUGGCUUUGCUGAUCUUCGACGCCGUGGCCAGCGUCUCAGAGAUCGUUUUCGAAGAUCGGGACUUGGAUCCUUUGGAGAUCGGCGGCAACGUCUCCUGGAGCGCCCCGCUGCUGGACGACCGGGUGGAGCUCUACCGGGUCUACGUGGCCAACACGGCAACAGGCGUGGGGCGCUAUCAGGUGGGCCCCGACGUGGUGAAGCCGCAGCUGGAGAUGGCCAUCGUUCCCGAGACGCCGCUGCCGCCGCAGCCGUACAUCGUGGUGUACACCCAAUCUGCACUGAUGGAGCAGACUACGCCCGUUUGGCUGGCCAUCACGGAGUCUGAGCUGAGUUUUAAUUUUGCCAAACAGGACAACUUCGCAUCGGUGGCCAAUAUCACCUUCCCAGACUUCGACUUAGACGCAGGCGACUUGGGUGGUGAAGUGUCCUGGGACGCUCCUCAGGACGAUCGUUUGGUGAGCUCUUACAACAUCUACGUUGCCAAGAGUGUGUUGAAUGAUCCCAGUGGCCAAUGCAACUUUGAGGUGGCGGCACCCUUCGUCUCGGUGAUCUCUGGGUUGAAACUUGGCGCUGGAACGGUCCGACUUCCGGCAUCCAAUGCCGCCAUGAAUGGCUCAAGCCGCUGGCUCGCUCAAGCGGCUGAGCCAGGGCCAGGCUUGGCAGCUUCAGAAAUGGUGAUCUCAACGGCUCGCUGUUGA